AUUUUUUUGUGGUUUUUUGUUUUCUUUUCGUUUUUUCGCUCUCGCUCGCAACCUUUUUUCAAUCUGCGUUCCACCGUUCCAUCGUUGACCCACCGCUCAUCGCCGCCUCCCUCGAUUCAGAGCAGCCACCGCCUCACCGGAAAGAAUCUGCGGAAGGAGGAGGAGGAGCAGGUUGAGAUUCAGACGCAACAGCCGCGAAUCACGCUGUUGCAUCUGUUUAUAUGGCAUUUGAAGUUUUGUGAUUGGUAGUUAAGUUGAGUGGGAGAAAAAGAAGAAGUGGAAGUUUAGCGAAAAUCGUUGGAUUGGAUCAUAGUGAAAGGCUUUGAGAUUGUGAGAAAUGGACAAUUCUAAUAGGCAGAUGGGUAGACAUCCAGAUACUUUGGGGGUGAAUAAGAUGGGGAAGAAUAUAAAGAAGAGCCCGAUACACCAACCGAAUUUCAGCAAUGCUAAUGCGGGGGGUGCUCGGCCUCAACCUCAACCGCAGGUCUACAAUAUAAACAAGAACGAUUUCCGGAGCAUAGUUCAACAGCUGACGGGCUCGCCUUUGCGUGAGCCUGCUCCUAGACCCCCGAAUGCUCCCAAACCGCAAAAUACUAGGUUGCAAAAGAUUAAGCCCCCUCCCUUGACGCCAAUAAACCGUCCCCAACUUCCCAUCCACCCUCCUCCUCAUAUGGUAGCUCCCGCCCAGGCUCCUACAAAUGUUCCUUAUAAUAAUAACUUUGCAAGACCGCCUCCUCCUCCUCCUCAGUAUGGUCAACCGCCUUUUACUCCGACUGAUAUUUGGGCAAAUACGGCUGAGUCUCCCAUUUCAGCCUAUAUGAGGUACCUGCAAACUUCAAUUGUAGAUUCGGGCCCUAGACAAGGGCCUAUGCACGGUCAACCACCAUCCGGUUUACUUCCUAAUCCUCAUGUCCCGCCCAUUCCAUCGCCUAGAUAUGGUCUUCUCCCAUCCCCACGGAUGAAUGCUAAUGCUCCUCCAUUCCCGUCUCCCCGGAUGAAUGGCCCUCCAUCCCCUCUUCCCUCUCCGGGAAUAAAUGCUCCUCCUUUCUUGCCUUCCCCUACUUCCCAGUUCCUCUUGCCUUCGCCUUCCGGGUUCUUGAAUUUGUUGUCUCCACACUCGUCAUAUCCAUUGCUUUCUCCGGGUAUGCAGCAGCCCCCACCACUCUCGCCUAAUUUCUCCUUUUCCCCUAUCGGUCAUCAGCCAGGUAUUCUUGGUCCUGGGCCUCAUCCUCAUCCUCCUCCGUCUCCUGGCUAUGGAUUCCCGUUGUCCCCGUCUGGGUUCUUCCCCAUGACAAGUCCUCGAUGGAGGGCUUAAAUGCUUAAUAGUCGUAGGACCAAAAGCUACUGACUUUCCUUGGGUUCUUGCACAAACGCACAUCCUCCUCUCCAAUCACUUUUGGAGUUCAUCGCAGUCUUCUAUGUGGAAAUGGCCUAUGGAGACAUACUCUAAAAUGUAAGAUCUUCUUCGAAAUAUAUGUAUUUUGUUUUUCAUUUGCUGGUGUAUCUGUUCUGUCAAUACUCAUUUCACAUCUUAGACGUAGAUUUCCUAGCAGUAGCCAAUGUAACCAGUUUAUUCCCGGCUCACACAUGUUAGGUGGCGAGUUAGUUAAACAACUCUUCCAAACAACAAGCGUGGCCUGUAACUUGUAAGGAUGUAGGUUACUGAAAUUUAUAGAUGUAAACGUUUUUUUUAAUAUUCUUUUAACUUGGUCGAAACCACAUCAUCUUAUAAAUCUGCACUUUUAUCAA